GGAGGCGCGGAGCCGCGGGGCCCGAAGCAACUUCCCAUCUCCCCGGAGCCCGGCUCCGGCUGCUGCUGCGCGGGGGAAGCGCCCGGGCUGGAGAGCGGCGGGAGCCGGGAAAGUUGGAGCCCGGGGAGGAGGCGGCUGCGCGCUCGGAUGCCGCCCGCCGCCUCGGUGCCCCCGCAGAUCGCCGGAGCCCGGCGUGGGCUCCUGCCCUGGCAGCGGCAGCGGGACUAGGAGGGAUGCUGCUGUGGACCGUGGCCACCAGGCAGAGUGGGGUUUCCCGGGAAAUGUUUCUGACCAUCGCUGUCUGGCUGGCUUGGCAGGAAACCUCCGCGGCGCCGACCCCUACGGCCGAGGACCUGAACCUGGGAGUUGACUGGCUGACUAAAUUUGGCUACCUGCCUCCUCCAGGCCCUGUCACAGGACAACUGCAGACCCAGGAAGAGCUUGCAAAAGCCAUCACAGCCAUGCAGCAGUUUGGAGGCCUAGAAGCAACAGGGAUACUAGAUGAAGCUACACUGGAAUUAAUGAAGACACCUCGUUGCUCUCUACCUGAUCUUGCUGAGUCAGAGACCAGAAAGAAGCGGCACACUCAGGCCGUGACAAAGUGGAAUAAAAGGAACUUAUCUUGGAGAGUCCGCACCUUCCCCAAAGAAUCCCACCUGGGCCAUGACACAGUCCGCGCCCUCAUGUACUAUGCCCUGAAGGUCUGGAGUGACAUCACCCCGUUGAAUUUCCAUGAGGUGGCGGGUAACAACGCUGACAUACAGAUAGACUUCUCCAAAGCGGACCACAAUGAUGGGUAUCCCUUUGACGGGCCUGGCGGAACGGUAGCACACGCUUUCUUCCCCGGAGACCAUCAUACCGCAGGAGACACUCAUUUCGACGAUGACGAAUAUUGGACCUUCCGAUCAUCAGAUGCCCAUGGGAUGGACCUGUUUGCCGUGGCAGUCCAUGAGUUUGGCCACGCCAUCGGCUUGACCCACAUCUCUGCCUUAGAGUCUAUCAUGAGACCCUAUUACCAGGGACCGGUGGGGGAUCCCCUGAAGUAUGACCUGCCUUACGAAGACAAAGUCAGAAUCUGGCAGCUGUAUGGAGUCAGGGAUUCUGUGUCCCCAACAGCCAAGCCUGAAGUAACCAAAACUGACGAUCACCCCGUUCUGCCAGAGCUGCCAGAGAACCGCUCCACUGUGCAGCUCAGAAGAGAUAUGCCCAACAGGUGCAACACUCACUUCGACGCUGUGGCUCAGAUCAGAGGCGAGGCUUUCUUCUUCAAAGGCAAGUACUUCUGGAGACUGACUCGCAAUAAACACUUGGUCUCCCUCCAGCCAGCUCAGAUCCACCGUUUCUGGCGGGGUCUCCCUCUCAAUAUGGACAGUGUGGACGCGGUGUAUGAGAGAACCAAUGACCACAAGAUCGUGUUCUUCAAAGGAGACAGAUACUGGGUGUUCAAAGACAAUAACGUGGAGGAAGGAUACCCGCGGCCAAUUUCGGAUUUUGGCUUGCCACCGGGAGGCAUCGACGCUGCUUUUUCCUGGGCCCACAAUGACAAGACUUAUUUCUUUAAGGACAGUCUCUACUGGCGCUAUGACGACCAUGAGCGGAGGAUGGAUCCCGGCUAUCCUUCCGAGACCACUUUGUGGAAGGGCAUUCCAAGCACGUUAGAUGACGCAAUGAGAUGGUCAGAUGGUGCAACCUAUUUCUUCAGGGGCAAGGAGUACUGGAAAGUGUUGGACAAUAACCUGGAACCAGAACCUGGUUACCCUCAGUCCAUCGCCAGAGACUGGCUGGUGUGCGGUGACAUGCAGUCUGAUUCUCCAGACUCGGCAGGGAGCAGCAGGACUGGGGCGCACUCCAAGCAAGGGCAGCACGACGAGAGCCGUUCGGAAAACGGCUACGAGGUCUGCUCAUGCACCUCUUCCUCAGAUUCCCUCUCGGCCCACCCAGCACUCAGACUCUCAGCAAGCCUUCUGCUAGCAAGCGUGUGGACAGCAGCAGUGGCUUGCGCAGCACUAUGACAACCAGUAACAUGGACAAGAAGACGUUACGGUGCUUCAGGGACUGGUGGUGGAUAGAAUCACACCAUGCUACACUGUUACAGCCGAAACAAACAUGCCUAGGAACGUGGCAGCGAAGGUUUCAAGUUCUCCAUGAGAAGUGAACUGGGUUUAUUUUUAUUUUUUAGUUAAAGGUCUAAGAAUGGACUGUGGGUUCUGCACCUUCUUAUUCCCCCAACCAGCUAAAGAAUAAAGACGUUGCUGAAUAUUAGUUACAAAGGUUCCAUAGAGAUGUAACACUCAGGGUGUGUAAGAACUGCCAAGUAGAGACGGCCUGGAUACAUUGAGAGGCGACUCUGGUUUCAUGAAAACAGACCAGAUAGUGUUGAAACCCAGUUGUUAUUCCAGGAACAAAAGCAGCCCCAUGUAAGGCUAUGGGAAAGAUGCAACAGCUGUGCUGACAUUCAGUAAUGUAACAUAUGCAUCCAAGCGGAUGUAUGAGAUAGAAUGGCAUCUUGACUGCACUGGGCUUGAUUGCAAAGUGGUACAUUUCACAAACAAAUCUACGCUGCCAACUGAUGUCAAGCUAACCCAUGCCAGUUUCUAUAGAUCAGAAACAUAUUUGCCUUUAUAAAGGACGUGAAGGUCACCUUUGAUUCCAGAUGUUUAAAUGUAAGGGCUUCUCUGUUAAAUCUUGGCCACACAAACAUAGAAACCGUGGUCAGCAGCAGGUAUCGAUCCCCCUAUCUUCAGCGUACGCCUUGACUGCUCGAGCUAGAGUAGCUCUUUCAGCUCUGAGCAAGUAGCAGGCUGUUAUAAGCACUGAGUGCAGUCGUUCGGCUGAGAUGCAGUUACACACACGAAGCCAGUGUAAUCCACAUGCAUCUAACUUUUCUGCUCCCCUAAAUUCUAUUCUAGAUGUAUUUUGUGAUUGAUACAAAAAUCACAUUCGUUUAAGGCUUCCUUUGAAGGAUCUGUGAGGGACUAAACUUUGAAUUGUGGAUGCACGUGCUAGUUUUAAACGUAUUUUCAAAUAGCAUAUUCUGCUUUUUGGCUGGCUUCUUAUAUCAGCCAGACGCCAUUAUGAUACCAUCAGUUGUGAAUCUAUUAUUCUAUAUGCUACUGUCACUGUUUAAUUUGGCACCAUGAAAUACACUAAGGGAGAAUGAAGGGGAUUAAAUGUUUUAAAGUGGGGAUCUUGCUCCGUAAAAAUGACAUCACAAAAUUUGUCUCUCCUUCACUUACAGAUCCAGUUUGCUCAGUUCACAAGUAAAAAGAUGGUUUUCUAACUGUCCCCAAACUCUACAUGGGACCAGAGAGUCAAGUUGGGUUCUGUCUGGCUCCUGGACCAACACCUGUCCCCUUGACUCAGUGGAGGUGUAUUAUAGAUGUACAUAUGUGGGGCUCCUAUGGUUGGUUGAAAUGGUUUAAAUUUCACACGUUCCAUCAAAAAUGUUGUUUGAAUUCUGAGCAAAAAAAGAGCAAAAGGUGUUCAGUGAAAUCUUCACAAAACUUCUCUCCCCUCUGCCCCCCACCCCCGCACAUAUUUUAGACAAACUUUAGAGCUAGCUGGGUGUGAGCACCCCUUUGCUGCCAUGGAGACUAGUGAUAGCGAGCCCCUCCCAUGGUUCUCCUCUGAGUGGAUGUGUACUUUAUACGUUGCAGUGAUAGUGUGUGCCCUCAGUAUAGUCGAGUUGGGAAGCACGUGUGCUUGCCAUCGGUGGAAUGUAUAUGUACACAACGCAUCUUGAAGGACAACAAUUACUGUACAGGUAAAUAACCCUUUCUUCCUGGUGGUGGUAUGUGAGCAAGAAGGAGCCAGCUUGACUCUCAGAUCCAAGGAGAACUUGAAGGGCAACUAGAUUUUUAAAAAUCCUUUAAACUGUAAACUGAGCAACUUUGGUGUUGAAUUACAUUGCUUAGAAACUCCCCCAAAAUUGUGAUCAACUAUUUCACUUGGGGGGGAAAGUGGGGGUUGGGAUCAAAAUUGAAUUUUCAACCCAAAACAAUGUGUUAAAAAUUAGAACUUUUCCACUGGCCCUAAGUCUGGAGUCAGUGAAAGACAGUCAACAUGGAACCCCGCAAUGUCGAUAUUCAGAGUAGAACACUUUUAAGGGAGCCAUUUUCAAAAGUGCUGAGACUUGGCCUAACUCUGUUGCCACUGAGAUCAACAUUGAAAAUUGCUCUUGAAAAUCCACUGAAGAGCCCCUUCAAUGAUAUUUCCCGGAAGAGACUCUUUAUUUAAAAAAAAAAAAAAAAAAAAGGCAGCACUAGUUUCCUCUAACUUCCAGAUACAUUUAAAUGAUGAAACAUCUCUUCCGAAGUCUUUUGAUCAUCGGCCUUUCUCUCUCCCCCUUCCCAUGUGGAUCACGCUGACAAGUAACUCUUCUCUUCAGACUAGCCACUAUGGUGGCACUGAACAGGCUGGUGUCUUUUGGUGGCCUAGCGGGAAGCUGGAUAAGGAAUCUAAAUGGUGACUCUCACACACUUGGUGCCAUUUUGGGGUGAGUGGGUGGGUGUGGUGUUAAAUGGGUUAUAUUAACUCUUUCAGUGCUUCAGGGAAUGGUGUGGCUUGCGGGGAGCAAUGUCCACACAGCUGCACCAGAUUGUUUAGUUCUUGGUGGUUUUACUGUGAUAAGUCCCUUACCAAAGGCUCUUCAGCAGAGUAGGCAGUGACAGGAUAAGGGGGAAGGGCAUCUCACGGAUCGGUAACUGAUUCAAAGAUAGGAAACAAAGGGUAGGAAUAAAUGGCCGGUUUUUACAGAGGAGAGGUAGAUAGCAGGGUCUCCCCAAGAGUCUGUACUGGGACCUGUUGCUGUUCAACAUAUUCAUAAAUGAUCUGGAAAAAGGGGUAAACAAUGAGGCGGCAAAGGUUUGCAGACAAUCCAAAGUUACUCAAGGUAGUUCAGUCCAAACCCGACUGUGAAGAGCUACAAAGGGAUCUCAUGAAACUGGGUGACUGGGCAACCAACUGGCAGAUGAAAUUCAAUAU